CAGUUGCCAAGAUGUUGACAAACACUUAUAUAAACACUUUAUUAUUGUCCUUCCAGCAAUUGCCGUGUGAACAUCUACAUUGAAAAUUCGUAUUCGUAAAGAGUAUUAUUAUUUUGUCGCUUCCAUAUCGAGUUCGUAAAGAAUAUUAUUAUUUUGUCGCUUCCAUAUCGAGUUUUCGCGCGUUAUUUCUCAAAUGAUAUUACGGAUAAAAUAGCAGAAAGCUUUAUUAAGCAGAUUUAUCAACAUGAGCAAUCCAAAUAAAGAAGUGCUUGAAUAUCGUGGACCAUACACGGAUAUGUGUUAUAGUCGCUUUUUCAAUCCAAACAUGUGUUAUGUUUGCAAGUCGGUAGACAGAGGCAAUUUAAUAUUUUGUAAUUUCUGUCACUUGAUUCCUUACUGUAGCGAGGAGCACAAAGCGAUGCACCACUCGACACACAUGAGAAUCUGCUUAGAUAUUGCAUCAGUUUUGCAAGAGAUAUCUGGAGGCACACGCAGGUUCGACAACUGGCAACAAUGGAUCCAAUCAAGAAAAGAAUUGACUGAAUUAAUUCAACAAAGAGUGUCCAAAAUAGAUCCGUAUAUGAAGCAGGUUAUCUUAUGGUCAAAAUCGUGUUAUGUAUGUCAUCAACAGACCGAUCUGCAGGUUUGCCAGAGAUGCUUCUCGGCUAACUAUUGCGAUGAGCACGCAAAUAUUUUUCACACAAAACACGUUGGAAACAAAUGCGAUCAACUGAUGUUAUCGCUUAAUAUAGAUAUCGAAACUAUCUCUGGUAGUAUGAAUAACAUGUCAUACAAAUUUCUUCAGGUUGUUAAUAAGACGAGCGAUUUUGAAGAGAUGCUCCAAUUUUAUAUAGAAUUUGUACUACCACAAAAAGAAGAUAUAAUUUGGCUUGCUAAAGACUACGUUCAGUCUGACCAAUUUUCAGACCCAUUGACAAUCUAUUUUGGAUUAAAGAAACUAGGACGUUUAGACAUAAUACGAAAGCCAUACGUUGUUAUUCAUGUUAUAGCCACAAUGACUAUAAAUAUAAAUUGUGCAGCAGUUUGGGAAAUUUUAUUACACCUUCUACCCGAAAUACAACAUCUAAUAAUUGUAAUAGUAGGGAUGAGACUCAACAAAUAUUUGUAUGUAUCAAAACUAUGUGAGCGCUGUAGAAAUAGAAAAAACAUACUCCAUUUAAUUUCGUACGAUAUGCUAUACAAAAAAUAUAUAACAAGUAGGAGAUACAAGGUACCCACUAUUAUUGUAGGAUUUCAUAUAGACCCUGAUGAGAACUUGGAUGUUUUGGGUAAUACAUUAAGCGAAGUUAUAAAUAUAAUUCGGUUUGUAUCCUGUCCGUUAGUUUUAAGUUUUUCCAGCGCAAAGAAAGCACAACAAUUCAUAGAUAAGAUGACAGAAAUUUUAGAUAUACAUGUAGAUCCUCAUUUGAAGAUGAAAAAUUAUUUUAGUGGUCUUGUGCCCCACAAAGACGUCGAUACCGGUGAUAUAUAUUUCUUUAAUGAUUAUUUAAUUAUUUACCUUAAUUAUUAAAUACUUGCUGAAUAAUGCGCCAACAUCGUACGAUAAUUGUUCCAUUCUUUGUUUUCUAUUGAUUAAAUUGUUCUAUUGUUGUAGGUAAUUGUUGUCGUAGAUAAUUUAUUAUAAAUAAUUGAGUGAUGUUAUUGUAAAUUAUGAUUAAACAAUAAACAUUUUUAAUAAAGAUUAUCCU